AUGGAAGUAAACCGUACUGGGCUACCUCAAUCUGGCCAUCGUCCUCCACGACCACCCCAUCAGCUUGCAUUCACGUUCUCAACCUCUCAAAAAUCCUUGGCAAGCUCAUGGCUAACCACUGUCCGUUCUUUUUAUACUAAUAUUUUGCAGCACAUUGAUCCUACCACAUAUACUACUCAUGUCAGAGAUGUCGGACAAUAUGUUAAACCAUUAUCUGAAACCAUGAAUGAUGCAAACUUUUCUGAAUCUGUUAAUACGGAUAGCUCAGAAAACCUUCAUCAGGCUGAAAUAAACGAAAAUAGCUCACCCCAGAUUCACGAGCUAAUAGAAACUGCCACUAUGCACAUGGUGGUGCAACUGAUACCUUUGCUCGGACAUUUUUCAGCAUCCGUGCGUACAGGAGCAGCAUCGUUAAUUUAUGAACUAGCAACCAUUUGUGACAAAAUUUUGCUAGAUAAGGACUUGGAAAGUAUUUUAAUGGGGCUGGAGACUGACGAUAAAGGAUACUAUUCGUACGUGCAUGAGCUAUUCACGUUGACUGGAGCGUCCUUUUCCAUCAUGGUUUUAUCAAUGGUUGCUGGCUUGGAAUGCUUUCGCAAUAGUUCAUCGUGGCAUAUUCGGGGCAUAUGCAAUGCUGCUCUUGCUCGAUUAGUGUUUGAAAACAAACAGUCUUUUUUGAAUGACGAUCAUAUCCUUUUUAUAUGCUUUAAAUCAUUUUUCCUGAUCGGAUCAUUAUUCUGCAGUCUUCUUACAUUAUCGCUAACUAUAAGCCCAACUUUAUUUGUCAAGGCAUUGCAUCUUCUUGCACCAAUUUAUGCUGUAGAGGACACUGCUUUGUCGUGUAGCAUCAUUGACACGCUGUUGCGACUCAAAACCAAGACUUUCUCCGAAAUUGAAGUAAUAAAAGCGACGCUUGGAGUUAUUUUUGAUCAUAUUUGUGGCAAACACGCAACAAAUUCAAACAGUUCAUCUGUUGUGGCUCCUGCUUUACCUAAAAAAUUGGAUAGAUCUGAAUUUGGGUUUGAUGUGUUUCAGGAUCUUAUCGGCUCGCACGAUGAGUCGGCGUACGAUCUCCUGUCUUGGGCAGUACAAGAAUUUGCUGUAAAAAUGAGUUCUGCUCAAACUGGAAUUGCUGUUGUUCCCCCAAUAGCAUGGUCCACAACUAUAAAUGACUAUAUCAUGUCACUUUCAAAUCACUAUCGAGCAUCCCCAGCACUUGUUCGGUAUGGAGCGUGUCUCAGUCUUUAUUCUAUAAUCAAAAUAUGCCCUUCUUUUGCAAAAGAUAACAAACAUAUUUGGCAGUUUAUCAUUGCCGGUGUGCUGGAUACGGACUAUUUAUGUGCUUUUUUGUACUUGUCAAUGAUUGAAAUGAUGGAUCUUCCGGAUGCUGUCGCGUUAAGGAACACGAUUCUUUGUCUACGCAACAACAACCAAACGAAUAUUACAUACGACAUUCAAUAUGCCAAUUCUCUGUUUACAGAUACAAAAAAAAUUGUAAAAGAAAGCGUGCUUGAUAUUGUUGCCAAGUACAGUCCACCUAUGGCACCACUAUUGUUGCACAAGCUUGCAAAUGCGUUGGACUAUCUUCCAUCCAAGGAAAUAUUAAAUCAAUUAGAACUAAUUAAAAUUUGGGGGAAAAAGUCGGAAAAGGUGGAUACUUUUUUAAUUCAAAUGAUUACCCCAUUGUGUGCUAGCAGUAACGAGAGCAUUCAACUCAAAGCAUUGGAGGUUCUCCACGCUAUCACACCUGCACUAUUAGCUACCUCUCAAGCCGAUAUUUCUUUUGUUUGGGCAUAUAUAGUAGCUUUGAUGAGUCCAGCUUUGGGAUCGGUUAUUCUUAAAUCUGUGCUAAACUUGAUCGAGUUUUUCCCACUAAUUCAACUCAACACAGUAGCCCGCGAAGAACUCAUGUCGUGUCUUUUCAAAUUGAUAUUCUAUAACGACCCAGACGUUCGUAUGGAAGUAUACACCAUUAUUGGAGGGGCGGCCGAGUUUUGGAAAAUUAGUGGUCAAAUGAAUAUGGCCCUUGCUCUUCUUUUCUUGGCAAUCGGAGAUGAUAACACUAAAUGUGCCCAGACAGUCAUAUCAAAGAUUCAUCAACUUGGAAAUCAAUCACUUGUUCAAAUACAAUCUCAGCUGAAUCAAAUGAACGAGAGUCUUCAAGGCACUUUGCAGAUCAAAAUCAGAGCAUACGAUCAAUUAGCAACAUCACUAGCUAUACACAAAACAGACUAUCGAUCUUUGAUAGACGCAAUGUUGCUGCAUGAACGAAUCGAUGAAUUUUGGCAGUAUUAUCUUGCUGAUGUACCCGAAAAUCAGUUGGCUCGACCAGAUGAUUACAACUACUCGCGUAAUAUGAUUCAGAGUCCUUUUUGGGUGUCACUUUUGUUUACCAAGCUUUCAUGCGCUCCUCCUCUUCUUUCAACAAGCCUUGGAUCUCGCAGGGACAUUAUUCCAACAACACCGGCGGGAAAACGCCGAUUUUUUUGUGGAUACAUGGCUUGCUUGCUACCUAGUGUCGGCAUUCCAGAUUUUAUCAAUCGUCGUGCGGCAUGUGUGUGCGUUGUACGAUGUUGCUUCAAAGGAUUAAAUGUCAACCCUGGCAUGCUUCGUGGUUUACUUGAAUAUGCUACUCAACAAAUGUUUUCUCACAAACACUGGAGUUUUCAAGUAUCUGCAUUGGAAAUCCUUGGAUUGAUAAUUCGUUUAAAAAUACCUGGAGUUUCUGAAUCUAUUUUAUAUCAAUAUCUGGAUCUUUGUAUUGAUUUUGCUCACAACACUCCAUCUGCUGUCAUUAAAACGGCCCUAUUAAACUUUUUUGAAAUUUUGCUCAUGGUAUUUCCAAAAGCCAUGAUUUCCAAGCUACAAGAGGUCAGAGAUAUUACCAGAGUAAUGUUGGUAGACAGUGAUACCAGUGUUAUUGAGGCUGCUUCUCGAAUUUAUCCGCUUAUUUUUCGAGCUGUUCCCAAAGAGUCGGCGCAGCAAUUCUAUGAGUAUCUCAUGAACGAUAUUUCGACAAUCACUAGUGGCGGUCUUGAGCUUGCUGGAGAUCCAUUGGUGUCAAAGCUGACUACAAAUGAGGCUUCUCGUAUUGUUUCACUUUCAAUUUCUUGCAUUGGUGUCAUUGAUGAGGGUUUUGGGAGUCACUAUGCAGUUGCUCAAGGAUUAAUCAAGUUUGUCAUUCACAACAAUUCUGAUUAUCGUGUUGCCGCUCUCACUGCAAUUUUAAGCUUGAUUCAUGGGAUGGAUCAGCAAGAAAGUUUAUCAAUCACAUGGAUCAUACUACCUCUGUAUGCUGAUCCAUGCCGGCAUGUCCGUUUUUUAUUUGUUCGGUUUUUGCGGAAUUUGCCUAAUCUGGUUGAAUCACGAUGUCAGGGUCUUUUACCUCACGCCAAUGACUCCACUGUGCCUCCAUUGGUGUCUUGGGAGGAGAUUUUGACAGAUACCGCUACUUUGGUCGUUGGAAGCAAAUUUCUUCAAGACAUGCUUUUUGAUAUUGAUGCGUUGAAUCCACACUCCCUAUCUCAAGAUCUGCCUGUUGAGGAUGACGGAUUCAACUUUCCGACGGUAUCUAGUAAACUAAUGACUAGAUAUAAAGUGCUUGUUCAAGCUACCACAUCUCCAAUAUUAGCCAAACAUCAAAGCGAAGUGAUUUAUUUUUUGCAAGAAAUUCAGAAGCAGCCACUACUUCAAGCAAGCGCUAUAAUGGUAUUAUCCGAGUUCAGCUGCCUCCACGAUAACACUUUGAAUGAGAUUGGAGAUUUGCUGACUGGCGGUUUAAGUCAACACGUAACUCCAGAAAAUAAGCCAGUUAUUGAAGCGUGUAUUUUAGCCUUGUCCAAUAUAUCCAACAAUAGCACAUAUGCAUUUAAAAUACUUUUUGGUAAAAUGUUGACUCCUGCAGUACCCAAUGAAGGCGAUCUUUUAGGAUUCUUGUAUUUAGUUGAGCUCAUCAAGGUUUCUGCAUUCAACAGAGUUCCAGAGUUGCUAAACAAAAUUGUGCCAAUUAUUUCCAACUCUCGAGCUUCAUUAAAAAAACGACUUUAUGCAGUAUUUCUUGCAGUGGAUCUUUGUGUUGUUGGUGGACAAGAAAGCACAAAAACAGUAUUGGAUGCAGUUGGUGCGUUUUCUGACUCUUUGGAUAAUAACAUGGCACAAUUACAAAUUCAUCAAACUACAAGUCGUAUUUUGGCAGAAACUGGUCCAAAGCAUCCAUUUUUUCGCAACAUGUUUUCAAGAGCCAAACAGGACGUUAAAUCUAAACAUGUAUGGCGUCGUCUACAAGCCCUAUCGGUGUUUCGCCUAUUUGCACCCCAUAUAUCUACAGAAGACUCUGACCCAAGUGCAAACGUAAGAAAAGCUUCGCAUGAAGCUAUUGCAUUGGGCAGGAUGAUUGAAUUCGCCUAUGCUAUUUUGCAGCGAAAUAGUGCUACUGUGAAAGAAAAUGCGUUGAAAUCUGAGCUGCUUGCUACAUGCAAACUUUCAACUUUGAAUUCAACUCCGGAAGCUCCAAGUGCCAAUGCGGCACCUAUAAUUGAACGGGAGGCCGUACGUAUCGAGUCAGACCCCUUUAAUUCUAAAUAUUAUGGCUCUGAGCGUCGUAUGAGAUUUUCAAAAAUGUACGGUUUGAAUGAAUCGCAGAUGGUGAAAAUGAGUACUGCUGCUUCCCAAGGUGUUAUUUCAAGUAUUGAAGCGCGUGUACUCAAUACAGCUGUCACUUCGCCAGAGACACUACUUAAACUACAAUGGCUGUUGAAGUUGGAUCCAAUUUUAAUUUUGCACGAUUUGAUUGGAUUGCAUUCAAAUAUUGCUACAGAUAUUGUAGAAAGUCUAUUGGCCGAUAUUGAAAAAGGAAGCAAGUUUCGUUUGGCGCUAAGUUCUGGCGAACUCACCGAUCCAGAGCCACUUGAAUCAUUGGCGACCAGUACAGCUUCUGCUGAAGAUGAUACUGAUAUUGAAGUGGCCACUCAUCGCAUCGACGUUUUAUCUAAUCUUUUUAUUGCUUAUGAGGGAGUUGGUACCAAAUAUCUUGAAUGGAUUAAACGUUUCCAAGAAACACUGAUGUUUUGUAACGAGUGUGCUGACAGUCUACGCGAAACCCUGUAUAUGGAUGUUGAGCGCUCCAAAUAUUUCUACAACGAAUACGCUGACAUUCCAAUUGUGUCUGAUGAGCAGUUGAGUUAUUCCUCUCAACGUUUAUUCGCUGAAUUUCAGAGCGAGCAGCUUAGAAAAGUCACUAAAAUUACUCUACAUCUUCUUUCUGGAUGUGGUCUAUUCUAUGCGCUAUCAACAUCUACUCAAUCAAACAUGCUUAUUGAGGGGUUUGAAUUUAUCAGUACAUUCUUAAGCAACGAGCAUCGGGGGAUACGAUCUACAGCCGUUGAAGCUUUAAGGGUGAUUUUGGAACUUCAGCUAGACAUUCCUUCUAAUUUCUCUCUUGUUGAGAAAGUGCAUGAUGUUAUGUCUAGGCUUUUUGCCGAACUGAACAAUCGAUAUCAGAUGCUAUAUCGCAGGAAAGCCGAUUAUGCAAUUCUUAUUUCGCAAAUGGUUGUACACAUUACAAAUCCUCAGUAUCGAUUUGAUAUCUUGCGUGUAUUAGUCAGGAUGUGGAGAGAUCCAGACAGUGAAGUUCGUGUAACAUCGAUUCAAAUGGUCAAGCUGUUGGGCCAGGCAAAACUUCCAGAAGUUCUUGUCUGUUUUGCAGAUCCUAGUACUUCAAACAAAGAAAAGGCACAAGUUCCUAUAAUGGAGGAGCUAGCAAGUUUAGUGAGCAACGAAGACUAUGGCGAGCGAGAUAUUCUUCAAGAUCUACUAAAAUGGCGAUUCUCACUUUCGCCCACCAACAUGGCUGCCAUAGAGAGUCGGUGA